AUGUGUGUGGGGCAGCAUAAUGAUGCAAAAGAAAGGAAUAAUUUACGAAGCUAUCGUCAAUUCGAGAAAAUUGGCGAAGGAGCAUAUGGUGUUGUUUAUAAAGCUAUUCAUAAACAAACACAAAAACCGGUAGCAAUAAAAAUGAUUCGUUUGGAACAUCGGGAAGAAGGUAUUCCGGCUACAACUUUACGCGAGAUUGCCCUUCUUCGUGAACUGAUACAUCCAAACAUUAUUUGUCUCCAAGGGGUUAUAAUGGAGGAAUGUCGCAUAUACCUGGUUUUUGAAUACAUUGAUAUGGAUUUGCGUCGAUACAUUGAUUUGCUUCCUGAUAACGAGCUGAUGAAUAAAACUGAGCAAAAAACUUUUUUAUACCAAAUAUUGCAAGGCAUUUGUUUUUGCCAUCAGCGCCGUGUUAUGCAUCGCGAUUUGAAACCACAAAAUUUACUGGUUGAUGCCAAUGGUAUUUUAAAGCUCGCUGACUUUGGCCUUGCAAGAACAAUUGGUAUUCCAUUACGAGCCUAUACUCAUGAGGUUGUCACCUUAUGGUAUCGAGCACCAGAGAUACUACUUGGUGCGGAAUGUUAUACGUUAGGAGUUGAUGUGUGGAGCAUUGGAUGCAUAUUUGCUGAAAUGGCUACAAAAUUACCACUUUUUGAGGGUGACUCAGAAAUCGCUCAGAUAUUUUCCAUUUUUAGCAUUUUAUCAACGCCAACGGAAGAAAUCUGGCCUGGAGUAACAUUAUUACCGGAUUAUCAGGAAGAAUUUCCUCAAUGGAAGCAUUGUAUUCUUGACAAGGUUCUUGGCAAAUAUAUGGAUUCUAAUGAUUUGGAUAUCUUAAAGGCAAUGAUAACGUAUGAUCCAGCACGUCGAAUCUCAGCAAAACAACUUUUAAUGAAUCCUUAUUUCGAAGAUAUCGAUUGGGAAAAAAUGAAGAAAUUAUUCGAUUAA